UGUCAGGGAGCCCGGGCCCGUCGUUGACAGGGAACUGAAAAUCCACUUACGUUUCCCCCGGGGGCUUGUACCGAAGUGCCGGGGUUUUCCCCUGGUCGGAGCGUGGGAAGAAUCUCUCCAGGCGGACAACCAGAACGUGUCUUCUUCUGGGGUUCUUUUGGGAUAGAUGUGGCGCUCCAAUGGGGUCUUGGGACAGGAUGCUGGAAAAUCCAGAACAGGAGGAGCGGAUCGCCGUACGCGUCCAGGACCCCCGCGUGCAGAACGAAGGCUCCUGGAAUUCUUACGUGGACUACAAGAUAUUCCUCCACACCAACAGCAAGGCCUUCACCGCCAAGACGUCGUGCGUGCGACGCCGUUACCGGGAGUUCGUGUGGCUGAGGAAGCAGCUCCAGAGAAACGCCGGCUUAGUACCCGUGCCGGAGCUCCCGGGGAAAUCCGCCUUCUUCGGGAACUCGGAUGAGUUCAUCGAGAAGCGGCGCCAAGGGCUCCAGCGCUUUCUGGAGAAGGUCCUGCAGAACGUAGUGCUCCUUUCGGACAGCCGGCUGCACCUCUUCCUGCAAAGCCAGCUGGCGGUGGGCGAGAUGGAGGCCUGCGUCGAGGGCCGCGGCUCCCUGACCGUGGCCGAAGCCAUCCUCCGCUACGCCGUGUCCAACUGCGGCUGGGCCCAAGAGGAGAGUGCCAGCUCCCCGCGCCUGGUCAUGGGGCAUCUGCCCGGCAGCCUCUCCAGUUGCUGUGCUUUCCGCCGGCGUGUCUGCGGACUGUCUUCGCCGCCGUCCCCGCAACAGAAAGAGGAAAGAGGGUCCGGGGACGCGUGGGCUCUGGCUGAUGACUCUCAGGCUGCUCCCGGGGAAAGCCAGGGCCUCCCUCCCGCUUCCCCGCCGUUGCCCUCGCCCUCCAACUGUGACUUUGGAAGGCCCAGGGCGAGGAGCCCUUCUCCCCCCUCCUUGAAAUGGCAGCAGGAGGAGGAAGAGGAGCAGCCUGGGCGCCCGGCUGGCGUUGUGGAGUCCCAACCCGAUCAGCCCGAGAAGUGAGUCGGCUGGUGCGCGGGGAGAGCUGGCUCCGAAGCGUGUGGGCGACGAUGCGAAGAGAGGGGAAAGCAGCAGGGAGUGGGUGGGCCCUCCCCCGCCACCAAGCUGGGGCCCAUCUGAAUCCGCACCUGGGUCCGGAGCUGCGGUAGCGCCGAGCCCCCUGCCCACGGCCCCUGGGGUGUCUGGAGAGGAAGCCGGCUUCAGCCCUGGAACCUUGUAGAUCGGGGCCGGUCCUUCUUCACCUCCGUGAGCCAUUCCUCUGUAAAUCCCCCCGGUUAUGCUGGGUGAGUCGGCCCCCGCAAAGGAAAACACACAAACACACACCUCUCAUUCCUCUCCUCUCCUUUCUCCACUCUCUUCUCUCUCCUCUUUCUC